AUGGGCGAUGGUGAGCCACCACCUUCCCAACCCUCAUCUGCUCCUCUCCCUCAUCCCAAGCCGCCGGACGCCAUCACCAUGGAGGACGGCAAAGCCCCUUCAUCCCAGCCCUCCUCCACACCUCUCCCUCAUCCGAACUCGUCGAUCACCUCCUGGGGCAACGGCAAGACCUCCUCACCCCAACGCUCCUCCUCACCUGGCCUCACGCUACCCUAUUCAGCCAUGGCACCCUCUGAAAGACCCCAAACCGUGGACAUUCAAAGUGAAGGCAGCCCUCAUUCUGGUCACUCCCUCACUUCAGAUAUAAUUGAGCUUAGUGCCGAGAAGUGGUUCCUCGACUGGACCACCGGAGUCCUCGCCGGUUCCCACUCCAACACCGCCACGUUCCACCGUCCCGGAAAAGUCCACGGAGUUAUCACUGCCAGUCCACAAAUUGUUGAGCAUAUGCUGAAAAGCAACUUCGAAAACUACCCAAAAGGCAUCCGUUUUAGGACCCUCCUGGAAGAUUUUCUUGGGAGGGGAAUUUUCAAUACAGAUGGUGAAUUGUGGAAAAUCCAGAGGAAAACAGCCAGUUAUGAGUUCAACACAAAGUCUCUCAGGAAUUUUGCACUGGAAAAUGUCACUAUGGAAUUACAAACACGUUUAAUUCCAAUUCUUGAAAAUGCAGCGAAAAAUGAGAGAAUUCUUGAUUUUCAAGACAUUCUUGAAAGGUUUGCAUUUGAUAAUAUAUGUAAAGUCGCCUUUAAUGUUGAUCCAGGUUGUCUGAUUGGAGAUGCGACUUCUGGUGGGGAAUUCAUGCAGGCAUUUGAGGAUGCUGCUACACUUAGUUCAGGUAGAUUCAUGUAUGCUUUUCCAGGAUUAUAUAAAAUCAAGAAAUUUCUCAAUCUUGGAUCAGAGAAAAAAUUACAAAACUCAAUUGCUACUGUACAUGAAUUUGCUGAUAAGAUAAUAAGAUCCAGGAUGGAAGAGAGAGCUGAGAAAAAAGAUGAAGAUCUAUUAUCAAGAUUCAUAGGUAACAGUGAGAAUUCUGCUGAAUUUCUUAGAGAUAUUGUUAUUAGUUUCAUUUUAGCUGGGAGGGACACUACAUCAUCAGCUCUUUCUUGGUUCUUUUGGUUGUUAUCAUCAAGGUCAGAUAUGGAGGAAAAAAUACUAAUGGAAUUAGAAAUUAUUCGUCAAAAAAAUCAUAAAGUAAUUGGGGAUACAUAUAAUUUUGAUGAACUGAGGGAAAUGAAUUAUCUUCAGGCAGCAAUUUCUGAGGCUAUGAGGUUGUAUCCACCAGUGCCAGUUGACACCAAGGCUUGUAAAGAAGAUGAUAUUUUGCCUGGCGGAACGUUUAUUGGGAAAGAUUGGUUCAUUUCAUACCACACAUAUGCCAUGGGAAGAAUGGAAAAUAUAUGGGGAAAAGAUUGCUGCGAGUAUAGACCAGAAAGAUGGCUUGAAAAUGGGAUUUGCAAACAAGAAAAUCCUUUCAAGUUUCCGGUUUUUCACGCCGGGCCGAGACAGUGUCUUGGGAAAGAUAUGGCCUAUAUUCAGAUGAAAUCCAUUGCUGCUUCAAUUUUGGAAAGGUUUGGAAUGGAUGUGUUGUUGGAGAAGGGUAAGUGCCCUGAGCAUGUGUUGUCUUUGACGCUAAGGAUGAAGGGUGGGUUACCAGUAAAAGUGAAGGAUAGAAAUGUGUAA